AUGGUAGGAUAUCUCCUAAAAAACAACAAAAUAGAGAAGCUAACAGCAAAUUCCAUGGGCAAAACACCACUCGACAUCUUGAGAGAGAGCCCCCAACACACAAACACCUAUUCCGAAACCGAAGGCCUCCUACUAUGUUUGUCGCAUCAGCCAUUUCUCAACCUCUUCCGCGAGAUCACCGGCAUGACAUUGGUGGUGGUCGGCCUCAUCGCCGCGAUGGCGUUCCAGGCGGCCGUCAAUCCCCCGGGAGGGGUGUGGCAGGACGACACGCCAUCACACAGAGCCGGGAAAGCAGUGAUGGCAUCCACUCAUCCAACACUGUACAAACACUUCUCUCGUGCUAACACCGCGGCUUUCGUCUCGUCUCUCCUCGUGAUCUUCCUUGUGGCCGUCCGAGCGCCGACGAACGCGUUCGUUUUCGUGAUUGUGAGCUGGUACGCGACGCUGGUGUCGAUGGCGGCGAUUGGAGUGAGCUAUGGAGCUGCCUUGAUCAUGACGGGUCCCGUGGAAACGGAGACGGUUGGGGAGAUUGUUGCUGAGGUAGUGUCGGUGUUUGUGGGAAUCUAUGUGUUAGUAAUCGUGUGUGGUUAUGUGGAGAAGUCUUAUUUUGCGUGGAAGAGACGGAGACUGCAGCGUGGGGAUGUUGCAAUCAUUCAUCUGAUCACACGCUGUUUUUAUCAUAUUCAACGUGAUGUUGAAAGCACGCCGAUUAAUUGA